GUGGGCUCUGUCUGUGAAGGCUCAGAGCUAGAGCUGGCUUGGGGUGCAUUUGCCCAAGCCCAAGUGGAAACCUGUAGGGGAAGGGAUUAGCUGUGUCACGCCGGAGCUGGGAACAGGCAAAAGGCUUAUUGUGUUUUGAUCAUCACUGGAUUCAUUCAAAUGGGCAGUUUGCAAUAAAUAUUUACCCAGAAGAGUGCUAAAUGACUUCAUGAGGCGUAAAAAUUAUCCAGUUAUCACAGCUAACUUCAUUUUGGAAAAUUCACCUUGAUUUCUACUGAAUACAAAAUGAACAUGUGGUUGAUGGUCAGUCAAUUUGUGAUACUAUUAUCUUCUGCACUAUCCCUAUCAGAGUUUUCAUGGCAUAGAAGAUAUGGUCAUGGAGUUUCUGAGGAAGACAAAGGAUUUGGACCAAUUUUUGAGGAACAACCUAUCAAUACCAUUUAUCCAGAGGAAUCACCUGAAGGAAAAGUUUCAUUAAACUGUAGGGCACGAGCCAGCCCUUUCCCAAUUUACAAAUGGAGAAUGAAUAAUGGUGAUGUUGAUCUGACAAGUAAUCGGUAUAGUAUGGUAGGAGGAAACCUUGUUAUCAACAACCCUGACAAACAGAAAGAUGCUGGAAUAUACUACUGUCUAGCAUCAAAUAGAUAUGGGAUGGUUAGAAGCAUUGAGGCCACCCUGAGCUUUGGAUAUCUUGAUCCCUUCCCACCUGAGGAGCGUCCUGAGGUCAGAGUGAAAGAAGGAAAAGGAAUGGUCCUUCUUUGUGAUCCCCCAUACCAUUUCCCAGAUGAUCUUAGCUACCGUUGGCUUCUAAGAUUUCCUAUAUUUAUUACAAUGGAUAAACGAAGAUUUGUGUCCCAGAUAAAUGGCAAUCUCUACAUCGCAAAUGUAGAGGCAUCAGACAAAGGCAAUUAUUCCUGCUUUGUUUCCAGUCAUUCUAUUACAAAGAGCGUAUUCAGCAAAUUUAUCCCACUGAUUCCAUUACCUGAAAGAACAACAAAACCAUACCCUGCUGAUAUUGUGGUUCAAUUCAAGGACAUAUAUACAUUGAUGGGCCAAAAUGUGACUUUGGAGUGCUUUGCCCUUGGAAAUCCUGUCCCUGAUAUCCGAUGGCGGAAAGUCCUGGAACCAAUGCCAAGCACUGCUGAACUCAGCACUUCUGGGGCUGUCCUCAAGAUCUUCAAUAUUCAACUAGAAGAUGAAGGGGUAUAUGAAUGUGAAGCUGAAAACAUUAGAGGAAAGGACAAACAUCAGGCAAGAAUUUAUGUUCAAGCAUAUCCUGAAUGGGUGGAACAUAUCAAUGACACAGAAGUGGAUAUAGGCAGUGAUCUCUAUUGGCCUUGUGUGGCCACAGGAAAGCCCAUUCCUACAAUCCGAUGGCUGAAGAAUGGGUACCCGUAUCAUAAGGGUGAAUUGAGACUAUAUGAUGUGACUUUUGACCAUGCUGGAAUGUACCAGUGCAUAGCUGAAAACAUACAUGGAGCAAUCUAUGCAAAUGCAGAGUUGAAGAUCUUGGCUUUGGCUCCAACUUUUGAAAUGAAUCCUAUGAAGAAAAAGAUUUUGGCUGCUAAAGGAGGAAGAGUUAUAAUUGAAUGCAAACCUAAAGCUGCACCUAAACCAAAAUUUUCUUGGAGUAAAGGAACAGAAUGGCUUGUUAAUAGUAGCAGAAUACUCAUUUGGGAAGAUGGCAGUUUGGAAAUCAAUAACAUUACAAGGAAUGAUGGUGGAAUCUAUAUGUGCUUUGCAGAAAAUAAUAGGGGGAAGGCUAAUAGCACUGGGACUCUUUUUAUCACAAAUCCGACACGAAUUAUAUUGGCCCCAAUUAAUGCUGAUAUUACUGUUGGAGAAAAUGCAACCAUGCAAUGCGCUGCCUCCUUUGAUCCUGCCCUGGAUCUCACAUUUGUUUGGUCCUUCAAUGGUUAUGUGAUUGAUUUUACAAGAGAGAAUAUUCAUUAUCAGCGGAAUUAUAUGCUGGAUGCCAAUGGGGAACUGCUCAUUCGAAAUGCUCAGCUCAAACAUGCAGGGAGGUAUACAUGCACUGCUCAGACAAUAGUGGACAAUUCUUCGGCCUCCGCUGACCUUGUUGUGAGAGGCCCUCCUGGUCCCCCUGGUGGUCUAAGGAUAGAAGAUAUCAGAGCCACUUCUGUGGCCCUUACUUGGAGCCGUGGUUCGGAUAAUCAUAGCCCUAUAUCUAAAUACACUAUCCAGACGAAGACAAUUCUUUCAGAUGACUGGAAAGAUGCAAAAACAGAUCCUCCAAUUAUUGAAGGAAACAUGGAAGCAGCAAAAGCAGUGGAUUUAAUCCCAUGGAUGGAGUAUGAAUUUAGGGUACUAGCAAUCAAUACGUUGGGUAUAGGAGAACCCAGUAUACCAUCAAGCAGAAUAAAAACAGAUGGUGCAGCACCUAAUGUUGCACCAUCAGAUGUAGGAGGAGGGGGUGGGAGCAACAGAGAAUUGACCAUAACAUGGGCUCCUCUGUCAAGGGAAUACCACUAUGGCAACAAUUUUGGCUAUAUCGUGGCAUUUAAACCAUUUGAUGGUGACGAAUGGAAGAAAGUCACAGUUACUAAUCCAGACUCUGGGAGAUAUGUCCAUAAAGAUGAAACUAUGCGACCUUCUUCUGCAUUUCAAGUCAAAGUUAAAGCUUUCAACAACAAAGGAGAUGGGCCUUACAGCCUUACUGCAGUAAUUAAUUCGGCACAGGAUGCCCCCAGUGAAGCCCCAACAGAAGUAGGAACCAAAGUUUUAUCGUCCUCUGAGAUAUCUGUUCACUGGGAACAUGUUAUUGAAAAAAUAGUGGAAAGCUAUCAGAUUAGAUAUUGGGCUGCCCAUGACAAAGAAGUGGCUGCGCACAGAGUUCAAGUUACCAGCCAAGAGUACUCAGCCAGACUGGAGAACCUUCUCCCAGACACUCAAUACUUUGUUGAAGUUCGAGCUUGCAAUAGUGCAGGGUGUGGGCCCCCCAGUGAAAUGCUCGAAACUUUCACCAAGAAAGCACCUCCCAGCCAGCCACCAAGGAUCAUCAGUUCUAUAAGAUCUGGUUCAAGCUACAUAAUUACCUGGGAUCAUGUGGUUGCACUGUCAAAUGAAUCUACUGUAACAGGAUAUAAGGUUCUUUAUAGACCUGAUGGCCAGCAUGAUGGCAAACUGUAUUCAACUCCUAAACACUCCAUCGAAGUUCCGAUCCCCAGGGAUGGUCAAUAUGUUGUAGAGGUUCGUGCACACAGUGAUGGAGGAGAUGGAGUUGUGUCUCAAGUCAAAAUUUCAGGUGCAUCCACCUUAUCAAAAAGUAUUCUUGGCUUACUUCUGCCUUUCCUUGGCAUCAUUUUCUAUCUGAAAUUCUGAAUGUGAUGUUAUAACUACAGUUCUCAAUCCAGCUCAGAGGACAACUUCAUCCCUGUGAAGACUACAAAUCUUUCCAACUCUUGAGGCUACAUCAUAAGCCAAAUAAAUUCUGCUUUAAUUAUCCAAGCAUAAUGAUUGAGGCAUUCGGGAACUCAUUUAUUCAAAAGAAUAAACUUUUAAAUGAAUACAAAAUUAUUUAACUCGUUCCAAUAUGCCUUAUAAACCGUUUAACCUGAUUCUGUGACAGUUGCAUGAUGUAAUCUAAAGGAACAAGCUAAAAUGUUCAAUUCUAUAGGUUGUAGUAGAGUGAAAGUAAAAUCGCCAUACACAGGUGCUUCAAAUUAGUAAGUUGUGAAUUAUAAUAGAGGUUGAAAUGUUGAUAUUAUGUGGUAAAUGUUAACAGUAACACAGUCUAGUACUAUCCUCUCUGUUUAAGGUCUUGUGUGCUUUCCAAAUGACUUGUCAUUCAUGACAAUUGCAUUUUUUUGAAAGAAAAAAGUAUAAAAUUUUUAAUGCAAAUUCAAUUAUCAGUAUAAUUUUGUGACUAUUCUGAUGGAUUUUGGGGUAUUGAAAACUAAAUUUCAGACGUUUACUAUCAGUGUUUUUAAUUUCAAAGUAAUUUUCUAGGUAUUUCAUUUUCAGAACCAGUAAAAAUUUUUAGUUAGCUUUCUAAUAUUAUGUUACCCUAUCAAAGUUUUAACACUUUUAUUCUACUCUGUUAUAAUUUCAUAUAUGUAUUCAUUAUGCAUUUAAAUCCUUAAAACAAAUUCCUACCUAGAGUAUCAUAUCACCAAAUAUAUUCAUAUGUGGAUAUAUAUAAAUUUUGAAAAGUAUAGUGCUUACAUUUUUUAAGUUUUUAUUGAGAAGUGGCUGUCUUUUUGAAGUUAAGGCAAUUAAGUGAAUAACAAUUGUCAGAAUAUUUUGCUAUGUUUUAUUUUGGGUAUUUUGUGGAAAAUAUGUCUUCAUAGAAGGUGUGGGAUCAAGAAAGUAUCUAUUGAUAGAAAAAAAACACAGUAUUCUUUAAUUUUAAAUUUUAAUUUAAAUCCAUUUCACAAUUAAAUGCAAUAAUGAGAACUCACUUAAAAUACCAAAUCAAUGUUUUUGAAGGUAUGUUGAUGAUUGUGCAAAGCUGGAAGGUCAAAUGGGGACAAAUAAUAUUCAAUUGUCUCUCCUGUUCGAGCUUCUGAUUUUUCUGACUCAUGAAAGAACGAUGCACGUUUCUUCAUAUUCAUGGAGUGCAUGGAAAUGUGUUUGGGCAUGGAUGUGAAAAAAAUCAAUAUAAACUAGUAACUGGCUGAUGAAAAGUGCAAUGCCUAGGAUUUAAGAGGUUAACCUUAUAUUAUUAGCACACACUUGCUAGCCAAUUAGUUUAUCUUUAUAGAAAGGAACCUUAUAGGUUCAUAGGAAAUAUUUAUAAGGAUAAAAGAUCUAUUACUACUUUAUCCCCAUUUAUUUUAUUUGUACAUUUUUGUACUAUAUAUCUGUGUAAAUGUUUAGAAUUUUUAUUACAAAAUAUAUAUAUGUAUUUCAUUACUUUACAUUUCUUGUUAUAAAAUGAAAGUUUUCCAAAAUAUGUGAAAUGGAUUUUCCAAUGGAAGUAUGUCAGUAAUCUUAAGAUAUUAACAGAUUUUAAAAAAUGACCUAUUUGAAAAUUAAACAAAAUCUCUUCAUAUUUAAGGGAAAUGAAUAUUCUGUAAGUCCUAUGUACAAAUGUUUGUGCUUUCAUUGUUAUCACUCUGGAGUUUCUUUUGGUAACUUGACCCAUGUUGGGCAUUUUUCUAUAAUUAAGAACACUAAAUUAUUUGCCAAAUGCAUGCUUGUCUUUAUUUUAGACUGUAUGUUAGUAAAGAGCAAUACUGCAAUACUGAUUAGAUUUUUGCAUGAAAUGGUUCUGAAAGAUAAUAACAAAACAGAUUUUGGAAGUAUUUUGCUUAGUUUUUAAUUUGUGGUAGCAGUAGGUGGAUUAAAAUCUCUUAUACUGACGAUUUAGGCUUUUUCAUUUCCUCAUACUAUUGUGCAAUUUAAGUAGGACCAUCAAUGAAAAACUCUGUCAAACUAAUAAUCAGUGUACCCUCUGCUUUAAGAUUCAUGAUUUUUUAAUUAAACUUUAUAUACACAUGUUUGCUUUGUAUUUUAGGAAAGGUGACUAUAGUUUUAUUUGUUACUGAUAAAUAUUUAUUUUAGUUACUUUUAUCAUUUUCAAGGGAGUAGAUAGGACUGUGUUUUGUCCUUUUUAUGAAUAAAAACAAAAAUAUAUUAUAAAGAAAUAAAUAUCUUACCAUUACCCAAAA